UCCUUUGUGAUAUGUCUCAUUAUUGUGUAUUUACAAUUACUAUCUGAUUAGUGUUAUCUUGUUUGUGUGUGUUACUUCUUUCUUUGCGCUAUGGACGCGCGGUACUUUCGGGGGAACCGUCGUUCCGAGAUUCAGGAGCUUCGAGAUGAGUUACAGAAGGCAACGAAUGACCGUCGUAAGGACGUGAUCAAAAAGAUUAUCGGUGCUAUGACCAUAGGGAAGGACGUGUCUAGUUUAUUUCCUGAGGUGGUCAACUGCAUCCAGACGAAUAAUUUGGAACUCAAGAAGCUGGUGUAUCUCUAUGUGAUUAAUUACGCUAAGGUACAACCUGAGUUGGCAAUUUUGGCAGUGAAUACAUUUUGCAAAGAUGCCAAGGAUCGCAAUCCCCUUAUUAGGGCUUUAGCUGUUCGUACUAUGGGUUACAUUCGUCUUCCGGCAAUUACUGAGUAUUUGGUGGAGCCCUUGAAGCGCUGUUACUCAGAUCCGGAUCCUUAUGUUCGCAAGACAGCUGCUAUAUGCAUAGCAAAGCUUUAUGCGAUAUCACCUCAGUUGGUUACUGAGGAGGGUUUUAUAGAUGUUUUGGAGCGUAUGCUUUCGGAUACUAAUCCUAUGGUUGUUGCGAAUGCGGUGUCUACUUUGGUUGAGAUUUCAGAACUUUCUGAUGACAACAUCUUUGGCCGUAUUUUGGCUCGCAAUCCAUCUAAGCUUGAAGGUCUUUUAAAAUCACUGAAUGAAUCUAUGGAAUGGGGACAGGUGUACAUCCUUGAUGCGUUGAUGCUGUAUACUCCAUCCAGUAGUGAUGAGGCUCACAUGUUGAUUGAUGCGGUGUUACCUCGUUUUUCUCACAUUAAUCCUGCGGUAGUUAUUUCUGCUAUGAAGGUGGUUAUUCGGAUGCUUCCUCGUAUAACUGAUGAGGAAUAUCUUCAUGUUUUGCAGGGUAAGCUUGCGGCGCCACUAGUGACCCUUGCAUCGCUUGACCCUGAAAUACAGUAUGUUGCACUGCGUUCUAUUUUGGUAAUUAUCGAACGUUGGCCACGUCUUCUUGAAGGUCAUGUGCGUGCAUUUUUCUGUAAACGCCAUGAACCAUUGUAUGUGCGUGCUGAGAAGCUUGACAUUAUGGUCCGCUUGGCUACAACUACUAAUUUCCAGAAGGUUUUAUCUGAGCUUUGUGAUUACGCUACUGACAUUGAUGUCGACUUUGUUCGUCGUGCCGUUCGUGCUAUCGGCUCCCUUGCAUUGCGUCUUGAGCCUGCGCUUACAUCUUGCACGGAGGCUUUGAGCAGUUUACUGCGUAUGCGUAUGCCUCAUUUAUCUGAGGAGUGUACUAUUGUAUACCGUGAUAUAUUACGUGUAUAUCCACAUGUUUUUAGUCCAGAUUUGUUUUCACUAUGUGCUGAUGGUGAGUAUCUCCAUGAUAUUGAGUCCAAGUCUGCAUUAAUUUGGCUCAUUGGUCAGUAUGCUUCUAAGAUUCCUGAUUCUGUUGAAUAUUUAUCUAAUUUGUCUGAGACUUUAUUGGAGGAAGACAGUCAGGUUCAGUUGAGUUUGCUUACUGCAUCUGUGAAGGUGAUAAUUCGGUACGGUAGUGACUGCGGGUUGUUGGAGCAAGUGUUACAUCGUUGUAUGACUGAGGUCAAUAGUCCCGAUGUCCGUGGUCGUGCUCAGAUGUAUUUACGUCUUCUAGAGCAUGGUCCAGAGAUUGCCAGCAAGGUUGUUAUGGCUCCUCUACCACCUAUUAAUAUUAGUUCGACUAUGGACAAGGAGGUAUUGGAUAAUCUUUUGGCUAAUAUAGGUCACGUUUCUUCGGUAUACCAUUUACCAGCAUGGGCUGUUUCCUUUAAGGACACGACUUCUCUGAGGUCACCUCGUGAUAAGGAUGAGCGUCAAGCCGAUGACUCUUCUAGUGACGGCGACUUACUUGACAUUGGUGAGUCCGACGGCACUGGUACCAAGUCUGACAGUUUUGAUAUUUUCAAUGAUUCUGUUCCUCGUGAACGUCACAGUCCGCGUGGCGAUGAUUUUUUCAUGGGUUCUGAGAUACCAUUUUUGUUUAGUUGUAAGGACGAGGUUGUGUUGACCCCUUAUCAGCAGGGUUCUAAGGGUCAGAUGGGCCUUCAGGUAUCUGCUUCUCUUUAUCGUGAGAACGAUCGCAUGGUUAUGAAGUUGACUCUCACCAACAAGACAUCUGGUGCAAUAUCGCUACAAGCAAUACAGUUUAACAAGAAUUCCUUUGGGUUAAGCCCAUCCUCUCCAUUGGAGGAGCCUGUUUCAGUAUUCCCUGACAAGACUACAGAGACCCAUGUUCCCUUAACUGCUGGUGUGGUAUUAUCUAAUACUCCUCCAGCUAAUCCUAUUGACAUUCAUGUUGCUAUUAAGACCAAUGUUGACAUUUUCUAUUUCCGUGUAUUUUACGAGCUUCCCAUUGUGCUUUUAUACGCUCCUCGUAUUUCUACGGCACAAUUUGAGGAUUUGUGGUCAAGUAUGCCUUCUGAAGAGUCCAUUGACAUCGGUAAUGUGUCCAAUGUCGUGGAGAUGGGUAGAAAGAUUGGUUUAUUUUAUGUAGGUUCAGGUCUUGAUAUUGCUGGCAUCAAGGGUUCUUCUAAUGCCUGUUUUUAUGCCAUGACAACUAAUUCACUGCGCCUACUAUCGGUAAUAAGCGAUGGACGUGCAUACGUGAAGGCUGAUGCGGCUGCAUUGAUUCCUCUUUUAUUCCAUGCCAUUGGGAAGGCAUCGCGUGCUUGACGACAUUGUA